UUGAUGAAAUGUGAUGCAUCAUCAGCAAAAGGCACAUACUGACUAUGUCAAUGUUCCCAAAUGUGCAGGCGCUUGAUGAUCAAGCUGCACCCCUCAGGUUGUGCUGUACAAAACAUAUUCACACAAUCAACUUCUUUGCCUUGCAGAAUCGUGUCAAAUAGAAAAGUUGCCCCAUGGCCAGUGCACUCAAGCAUCUCACGGAGAUGAUGCAGCCCUUGUAUGUUGGUGGAAGCUGUUUAAGAUAAUAGCAGGGCAGUAAUUUGUUUUAACAUGUAAGUCAACUGCCAAAUGACAAGCAUUAAUGGCUAAUUGGGUUAUUUUACAGAAAGUAAUCAGGAGUUUUCAUCGCUUAGAUGAUCGGUCACCAUUAAUUUCUGUGCCUUCUGAAGAUUGGAUUCUCUUUCAUAUUAUUUUAAGCUGUAUAUUUUUUUCUAACCUUUACUCACCCGUUGGAGAUUGGCUGUAAAUUGUCCCUUUUGUGGUGUUCUCCUUGGUGUGCAACAUGUAGCAAAUAGAAUCCAUGAUCUGUGAAAGAGCUAACAAAAGGGUGUGUCACUGUCUGAGCUCAGUGGAUCCAAAGUGGAGCGCCCGAGUCCUUUGGAGUGAAGCUGCUCAAUUAAUAUUAUAUUUAUAUCUUGAUAUGAGACCAGACAAGUAAUAUCAUAAUUCCUUUUGUUUUCUGAUCUUAAAGACACAAUGUUCUUAACUGACUGUGUGAUAUUAGACUUUUCUAUCAGAAUGAAGUCUCUAUUCCCACAUAACUAGUUUUUAUUGUAUUUUUGACAGUAACCCCCAAAGUCUUUGGUUCAUUUAAAGAAAAGACACUUACAUCUCAAUGAUUCUGCACUUUUAAGUGCCCUCUGCGAAAUAAAAGCUUGAUUUUACCUUGUUACUCCCAUUUAAUAAAAGUAAACACAAUGGGAGUAUUUACAAGACUGCAUCACUACAUUCUGCAAUAAAUAGACAAUGUCUUUUUUUUUAUUAACCUUGCAUUUUUGACAUGAAAAUACAAGGAACUCUUUUUGUUCCGCCAAGAUAAAUAGUGCCCCAAGACCGUGUGCCAUAUGUUACAGGUGCGUUCAAGUACCUUGAAAUUGGUUCUAAUGUUCGACUGUUAACAGACUUCGUACUCACCUGUGACCCGCACAUUUUCUCGGGUUGACCGGCAUGUAGAGCUGAAAUAACGAGCACCAGGUCCGACAGGAAAACUCAAAGUCUAGACCUGCGACCAUCCAUCGCUGUGAUGGGCGUGAAGGAUGAUGCUGCUCCUCUCAAAUCCAGCCCCCUGCCCACCUUCUUUCUCCUCCCUCCACUUCCGGGCCGUGUCACGUGACUUCUCCGCCCCCACAUGCUCAACCUCUCCUCCUCGCCACCCCCUCCCCAAGUAAACAAUUCAGCAUCAUUUCAUUAUGUCUGCUAACAGCCCCCGAUUCUUAUAUGUGGAACAGGCAGUCCCGAAGUGCUGCGCCGAGCGAGAGCUCUGCCGGAGCUCGAACACACGGAGCAUGUUUCACACAAAUGAAACGGGAAGAGGAAAUUAAUCUUGGAGCAAGUUCAGUUAAUAUGUGAGCUCUAGUCGACACAUUUUUUAAAUGGUUCGCGUCGACCUUGCAAUUAAGCGAGCUUUUACAUUAUUAAAUAAAAUCGUGGAUAUUGGUCGACCAUGCAGGCACUCUCAGUGGCUUCAUUGUCUUUUCCCCUUGAUUAAAACGAAUGCACCAGAAUCACCAUGAAGUUUUCAUCGCCCAGGAAAUGGUUACAUUAUGUGCAUUUAUAAAUAGGCUCACGUUUCUCACCCCACAUUGCAUUCAUAUGAAGCCGAUACUUGAGUGAAUGGGAGUGAAGCCGCUGUUUGACUUUCGUGCGGUGAUGAGGAUGUGGCCAAAUCUAAAAUAAAAGCUUAACGUAUUAUUCAUGUAGGAAAUAUAGGAGAGGAUGAAUGUCAAAACAAUGCUCUUUAUACACCGAAAUGUAGGCCCGUGUGGCUGUCAGUCUGCCCCCCCUCCCCCUCGGCGGAUGGUACAGUCUUGGUUCAUUCAUAAAAUUCUAGCAGAGCAUAAAAGGAGGGGCUUGCAUCCUAGUCGUCCAGUUACCAGGUAUAUACCUGGAGACCAGACCCGAGCCGCUCUGCCCAGCGGAAGGCCAGAGUCAUAUUUGUCAUUGAUCAGGACUCGUGUGUGUUUUUCCCCACCUUGUGAUGUAUCACAACAACCUGACGCCCGACAUGGAUUCAGUCUCUCCCACCUGCCGGACAGAGUCUCCUGUCGGGACACUCUGCCAGAAGACGCCAGAAGAGGCGAGCUCCCCAGCCUCCUCCUCAGAGAGCAGUGGAAAGGAGCUCUGCCAAGACAUGAGCGUUCAAGACACUCCAUUUGUUCCAACAGUCACUGCAAUUUCCUCUACCCCAGAUUUCCAGUGGAUGGUCCAGCCUACGAUUAUUACAUCUGUCUCCCCGUCUCUGGGUAGCAAGCAAGCCAAUGAGCCACAAAGCUCUCACCAGGCAACACCCAAAGAGGGCGGGAAUAAGGGAAAAAAUGCUGCCAGAAAGGGGAAAACAGAGCAGCUGUCUCCAGAGGAGGAAGAGAAAAAGAGGAUAAGGAGGGAGAGGAAUAAAAUGGCUGCAGCAAAGUGUCGCAACAGACGGAGGGAACUCACGGACACGCUGCAAGCUGAGACAGACAAGCUGGAGGAGGAAAAAGCAGCCCUGGAGACGGAAAUAGCUAACCUCCUCAAAGAGAAAGAACGCCUUGAAUUUAUCCUCGCCACACAUAAACCCGUGUGCCAGAUGUCAGAAGAGCUGGAGUCUAUUUUCCAGGAGCCCACGGGGUCCCCAGAGCUGCCGCCCAGUCCAGACGAGGACAGACUUCCAGAGGAUGGCACCCAGGAAGCUCCUUCGCUCCAGGACAUGGACAUCCCCAGUGAUCCGUCCACAGCCAUCUCUGGGAACUCCAAUAUCUUGCUGUGUGCCAGCGCUGAAAUCAACAUCUGCGAUCUUGAGCCCUCCCUGGACAUUAAGGAGGGGCUUCUGGAAAAUAUGCUGCCCAGUUUGGAGGAGAAAACCCCCAUGGAGACGGCUCGGUCCGUGCCAGACAUAGAUCUGAGCAGUUCUCUCGGGGUCUCGGACUGGGAGACCCUGUACAAGUCUGUUUCCAGCGACCUGGAGCCUCUCAGCACUCCUGUGGUGACCUCCACCCCCACCUGCAGCAGCUACCUGUCAGUGUUCACAUUCGCGUGCCCUGAGCUGGACUCUCUCACAGAGGGACUAGACAGCCAUAAAGGUGGAGGGGGCAAAUCCGAAUCGGUCGAUAUCCUCAACUCUCCGACUCUCCUAGCCUUAUAGUGCACAGAGGGAAGUGAUCGGUCUGAUCUCUCUGGUUUCUCUCUGUCGUGCAGGUUCCUGACUUUGAAAUGACACCAACAACAUAUGCCACAGUAUGCUGUAACACUUCAAGGAGUACAUUCAUGAAAUGUCUUGUGUGUGACUAAGCAAACAUACAUAUAAACUCUCUCCAGAUACAUAGCCAACAGAGUGAUGUAGCUAAAAGCAUGGCUUUUACUUGAGGGACUGAAGUAAAGUUUUGAUUAUAAGACGCAUGCUGAGAAAUUCCAAAUAAUUUUCAAAGCUUAUAUAUACAGUAUCUGAUCUGUUACUAGAUCUAAGAUGUAAUGUGGAAUUUAUUGUUACAGUAUGGUUUUGUGUUUUGUUGUUAAUAGUGUAUUGAUUGCCGUAAAUGUUGUUGUAUUUACAUAUACCAUGUUACAUACCAUGUUAAGUACCUGCAUACCUCAAUGUCAUCAGCUGUGGUUUGACCUCAUUGAAAGUUUUCCAUGAAAACAUCCAGUGCUAUAUACUAUAUAUCUUAUCAAGAUGUAACUUAUCAUUUAUUUUUUUACCUUUCAGAUUUUGACUUAUUUGUUAAAUUUCAAAAUAAGUAAAAUGAGCAUUGAUUGCUUAUCUAUGCUGCUGAAUAAUUACAAUAAAUCUGCAUUC